UAAACCAGUCGUUAUUAAAGACAAGAGAUAUAUAUAUAAUGAGUAUACAACCAGUUUCUGGACUUUUGCCGUCUUGUGGACCAAAUUUCCAAUUUCACCCUGUGGCGCGUGUUUGUCUCCCGACUGAUAAUAAUUUGUAUCCCACCAUUCCGUAUCUGGGAGGACUGCAAAUACCAGGUGUAGGUGGGGAACGUCCUGAAGGUAGACCUAGAGGAGGAUAUGGAGGAGAAGGACGUCCUGUUGAAAAGCCUGUAGGAGGUGGCAUUUCUGGGGCACGUCCUGGAGGUAGACCUGGAGAAGAAAAACCCUCUGGCGGAGGAUAUGGAGGAGGACCUGGAGGAGCAUUCGGAAGUUCAGGGGGACGUCCUGUUAAAAAGCCUGUAGGAAGUACUGGUGGCGGUUCUGGGGGCAGCUCUGUUGGUAAUGGUAUAGGAAGCUCCGAAGGAUCUGAAGGAAGCACUGGAGAAAGUUCUGGAGGGUCUUCUGGAGGAGGCUCCAAUGGAAACAUCGCUGGAGGGCCUGGAGAUUCUGGAGGUAGACCUGGAGGCAGUCCUGGAGGAGGCUCUACAGGAACAACUGGAGGAGUCUCUAAGGAGGAAUCCGGAACUGGAGGCUCCGAGAACACAAAUAUGAACCAUAUUCAGAUAGGACUUUAGAAUUGAUCCUGGUUAACAUAUCUUACGGCAAAGUCGAAGGUAAAUGUCGAAGGAAAAGUAAAAUAAAAUGUUGUAUAAACAUAUAAGAGCAAAGAGCAAGCGAAUUAAAUGAUCAACUUUAAA